AUGACUAUGAUCAUUGCUGGCGUGUAUACCAUUCUGGUCUCCGCAGAUUCUUCGGCUAUGAGCGAUCCCAUAACGCAGGCUCUGCCACAUACCCAUGCCACUCCAGCCAUGACCUCAGCGGCUCUGUCUUCCGCCCCCAGCAAUAGCCGAAACCCCGUUUAUCCAGAUCUCCUUAGUGGGCCACCCAUUCCGCCGCCGAGGACAUCCUCGAACCACAGAAGCCGUGGGUCCAACAACACAGCCUCUGCAUCGUCCGGAGAGAGGGGAUCAGGGUCGCGUUACAAGGGCAAGGGUGAGGAGCGCAGCCGCCGUGAGAAAAAGGGCGAGGAAUCUCGCUCGCGCCAUCAGGGGUCCAAAUCAUCUGAGGAUCAGUCAAGAGGGCCAAGUACUUACGGCCAAAGCUCCCCUCAACCCGAGGACCUCAUGGCGACGAUCCCGAGUCAGGGCACGUUGGUGAAAGAGUCAAGCACAGUCAUUAAUCAGCUCUUAGUGAGUGACCCGGCGGUUGAUAUUGAACGAGAACAAGCCCGUCAACAAGCGGUACCGGCACCGAAUGAGAACGCUUCCACCUCGGGACUAGGAUUGAUGAGCGGCGAAAAUCUGGAUGAUGGGGCCGGCGGCAAUCUCCCAAGUCGGCAAGAGUUUCCUGAGCAUACCGUCAAGCGCAAAGAAACGACAUUUGGCCAAUAUAUCCUCGGGCAAACAGUGGGAGAAGGUGAAUUCGGCAAGGUCAAAUUAGGCUGGAAGCGCGAUGGUUCCAUCGAGGUGGCUAUCAAGCUUAUUCGCCGCGAGUCGCUUGGAUCGAACCCAACUAGGUUGCCGAAGAUCUACCGGGAGAUCUCAAUUCUGCGAGAUCUAUCUCAUCCGAACAUAGUAAGGCUGCACGAGAUGGUCGAAACGGACCGACACAUUGGAAUUAUCAUGGAGUAUGCGUCUGGCGGUGAGCUUUUCGACCAUAUUUUGAGGAACAAGUAUUUAAAAGAUAAUUCUGCUCGACGUCUGUUUGCGCAACUUGUGUCCGGUGUUGGCUACCUUCACAAGAAGGGUAUCGUUCAUCGUGAUUUGAAACUGGAAAACUUGCUGCUUGACCGAAACCGCAAUAUCAUUAUCACAGACUUUGGCUUUGCCAAUACUUUUGACCCUAACGAUGAGCUCACCGAAGAGAUUGAGUAUAACCUCACCAAUAAGGAGUUUGUGAAAAAGAUGCGCCUGGAUAAACCCAAUGCGAAGGGCUUCCGCCGAGGAGACUUGAUGCAGACGAGUUGCGGAAGUCCCUGUUAUGCUGCCCCAGAGCUCGUGGUGAGCGACUCACUCUACACCGGACGAAGGGUGGACGUUUGGAGUUGUGGUGUUAUUCUUUAUGCUAUGCUGGCAGGCUAUCUUCCUUUCGAUGAUGAUCCAGCGAAUCCAGACGGUGAUAAUAUCAACUUGCUCUACAAAUACAUCGUCUCAACCCCUCUCACGUUCCCCGAAUAUGUUACACCCCACGCCCGUGACCUCCUGAGGCGAAUUCUGGUCCCUGAUCCCCGAAAACGAGCAGAUCUUUUUGAAGUUGCGCGGCACAGUUGGCUCAGCGAGUAUGCCGAUCUUGUCUCGCAUAUCACCAGCAGUACGACCAAGGUGGCUGAUAUUGCCUCGGCUACGGUUCCUCGCGGUAUGGAAUUUCGUACCAACGGACCCACACAGUCUCCUGCUGACUUGAUUUCACCAGAACAACCCAGAGAAGGCCCUUCGCUUGCUCGCAGUGCCUCAGUGAGAGAGCCACCAAAGACACAUCACGGCUCAAGCCCAUCAAUUGGAGGACUAGUACAUCACCCAGGGGACAUCUCACAGGAUCAGAGCGACAGAUCCAAGACCCCUCGCGACACGAAACGUCGCACCGUCCAAGUAGAAUAUGUCGCUCCUCAGUCUCAGACUUCAAGAGGGGAAACCUCUGGAUCAAGUGCGACUGUCCAAAAUGUUUCUCCUACCGAGCCCAUUUCGACAAGACCGAAACCUACCGGCCAAGAACACUCUGUGAAAACUCAAACAUCACCCGAGCAAUCGAUAUCGAGUGGCUCUGCAGCAGCGCCGGCUCAGCCAAUUUCUCAUCUACCUCGCUCUACAUCCGAUACUGCAGCCCUCACCGGCACAACGACGCAGACCGCACGGCCUACAACUGGAGCGUCAAUGGCUUCGUUCAAAACCGGGCGUUUGCCAUCUCGUGGUUCAUACGGACAGCCAGUGGCACCCACUGUGGCAGCAACGAAUGCCGAGGGCCGACUGGCGCAACCAAAGAGCAAGCAGUACGUCAUCUCCGCACCGAUACAACAAGAUGCCGGACAGGCUUCUGCUAUGGGUAGCCCAAGCGUACAGAAUUUCCCUUCCAAAUUCAACACUACACCGCGCCAGGAGCCUCCAAAGGGUCACAAGCGGUCGAAUACUGUCUCGGCUAUCGGCGAAAAACUGUUCGGAAGAUCUGGCUCAAUAUUUGGAGGUCGCGGAGGCCAACAAAGUGCGUCAAAGCAGAAGGCUGGCAGGCGUUAUCCCCCCACAAGCAUGAGGGAUCCUUAUCCUGGUGAUGACUCCAGGACAUCGGUGGAUUCACGGCGCUCAGCUCAGUAUGGUUAUGGUACCCGGAAGGCAAGCGAAGCAGGCGGCGAGAACAGGACACGGCGUUUCUCCUUACUUCCAGCUUCAUUUUCACUGAAGGGCAUUUCGUCCUCUAGCAGAUCGCAAACGCCCGAUGAGGAAUCCAAAGCCGACCGCUUCUCGGACAAUCGUGUCAGUCAGCGCCCAUCGACUGGGGCUAUACGAACACGCGUCCGAGCUACCAGCUACGGGGCCCAUGAUACGAUAGCCAGCGCAGCGACCGAUGGCCCGUCAGAUGAUGUUAUUGUCCAUGAUGAACCAGUCAAUUACCAGGCUCGCAUUGAUCAGCAGUUCGCGGCUCUACAUUCAAACAAUAGCGGAACUUAUCAGCCAUCGCCAUAUGGUACAGUUUCAGCAGAGCAGGUUCACCAAAAUGAUAAUGAACACUAUUACCGCAAUAACUACGCCAACCAUUCAACACCUAAUUACUAUGACGAAUACAACGGCGUUCAUGACAAUGCGUCGGGGGCGUCCUUGCAAACUGGGCGCUCUUCGAAUCGGCCUGGCGUCUUGCAGAAAAACCACAGGAGGUUCGCAGACGCUUACGAGAAUGAGUCGCACCAUUCUGGUAGCUCUGGGGCAGCCCGCAAAGUGAUGGAUUUCUUCCGUCGGCGAGCCAAAUCCAGAGUUGGGGACGACCGCUAG